GGAAGGCCUUUAACAAUGGUCUUUCCAGGUGACCGCUGGAGGGACCCCUCCGAUUCUGCACCGCGAUGGAUCUUUCCCCCUCCCGCCCCGCGACGUGAUCUGCGGCUCCAGCUCUCCUCCUACCUGGAACGCCUAAACCUGCUUUCGCCCCUACUGCCAGUCAGAAUCCGCCAAGACAAGGAGACGGAGCGAGCAGGUCUCUCUCGCCGCCACCUUGGCCAAUCAGCGAAGAGAGCGGAGACGCCCCUUAACUUUCUGUUUCUGCAGGGAGGAUUGGGAGCCCCAGUACGUUUUUGUGCAAUGAGCUGUUUGCUGCCUUUUUCUGUUUUGCUAAUGGGACUACUGCCGACGAGAACCAUGGCUUGGACCUCAACUGGGAAGACCCAUGCUGAACUGAUCAACAAUCUGUAUAAAAAUGGUGUGAUUAAGUCCCAACGUAUUUUUGAUGUGUUGCUGGCUACCGAUAGAGCCCACUAUAUCAAAUAUUUUCCAUAUAUGGAUUCUCCUCAGUCAAUUGGAUACAAGGCUACCAUCAGUGCACCUCACAUGCAUGCUCAUGCUCUUGAGUUACUAAAGGACCAGCUAGUGGAAGGAGCAAAGGCAUUGGAUGUGGGAUCAGGAAGUGGAUAUCUCACUGCUUGUUUUGCCAGGAUGGUGGGCCCCACAGGCAAGGCAGUAGGCAUUGAGCACAUAGAAGAAUUGGUUCAUGAAUCCCUUAGGAAUGUCAAAGAAGAUGAUCCAAAUUUGCUUAGCUCUGGACGAGUGAAACUUUUAGUAGGGGACGGUAGGAAGGGAUAUCCUGAAGAAGCCCCUUAUGAUGCCAUCCAUGUUGGAGCAGCUGCACCCACUGUGCCAGAGGAGUUGCUGAAUGAGCUGAAACCUGGAGGACGACUGAUUUUGCCAGUAGGGCCAGAAGGUGGAAACCAGGUUAUGAUGCAGUUUGACAAAACUAAGGAUGGUCAGAUUGUGGAAAAGCAUCUGAUGGGUGUGAUAUAUGUUCCUCUGACAGAUAAAGAAAAACAGUGGCCUCGGGGUGAACUUUAAAAGAUUUAAAUUGCUUAUACAGGACCUUUUGAAAGCCUAUGAACUGUGUUUGGAAAAAUUGAUAUUUGCAAUACAGUAUAUAUGAACACUCAUUUCUGCUCUUUGAAAGUAACAUUUGACCUCUAACUAUAAGAACUUGGAUGGCAUUUGGAAAAAAAGCAAAUUGGUUGAUUCAAGAUUAACAACAUAAUUCACAAUUACAAAUAAGAUCUUGUGUGUACCAAAAUAGAAUAAACAAUGGAGAUACAAA